AUGCAUCCUCCAUUAACGCUACACAAGCACCCCAUGUGUGCAGAAAUCAUCGAGGAUUUUCAGAAGUGUCAUGUAGAUCAUCCUAUUGGCAAAUUCUUUGGUGAAUGUACAGAUCUCAAAAUAAAGCUUGACCGUUGUUUUCGGCAGGAAAAAGCUGUGAAGAGGAAGGUAAACUUUGAAGAGAGUAAGAAACUGAAGGAAAGGCUACAAGCUUUGAGGAAAGAAACUGCUGAGAUAAGCACUGAGAAUCCUGUGCAAGCUUAA